GCAGAAACUGCUUCUUUUACAACAUGUUUGGUUAUUCCGUGAGCCCACCUAAUCACCCGUUUGGUUCAAUGGAAUGCCUAUUACGGGCUUAUUCCAUUACGGGUCUAUGCCAAAAAUUGGCUGAUUUCUGGGGGAUUUCUAUUCCCUUUCCAGACCACCGAUUGGCUAUUCCUUUCCAUUUUUUACCCUCCCAACCCAAAAGCCCCAAAAACAAGAGCAAGCAGAAGUUGCCAGCAAAGUCACCCCACAAGGCUCCACCCGCUCCCGAUUCACUAUUUCAGGCAAGAGCUUCUUCAUUUUAUCCGCGGCUGAUUUCUCUUUUGCUAGUUUCUUUUUUCAUUGCGUAUCCACACGGUUCAGAUUGCUAGGGUUUCCUCUGUGGCACAUCUUUUCCUUUCUUGUAUUUAAAAUUGCUAAAUCCUAUGGUUUCCUUUUCUCUGGUUCAUAUCUGAGUUUUUUUAAGGCGAUUUCGCUGUUAAAUUUUGGCGAUGAUGCUUCGGCAUAUGGCCGGCGGGAAUGUCCACUGCGUCUCUCAUGAGUUUUGCCUUUUUUUACCUGCGCCGACGUGUAUGCUAUUUCUUGUGAAUUUAAUUGACUUCGGGGGCUUCUUUCUGGUGAAGUUUCUCCCGUUCGUUCUUUUUCUCUAUUUGGUCGUAUAAAAUCUUCUUUUUAUUUGAAAAAAAAAUCUGAAAGGAAUCAAUGGAGGGGCUGAUAAAAUACCCUAAAAUUGAACCAGAAGACAACCAGUUUCAAUUCUUAUCUUCCCAGGAUCUGGAAAAAAUGGAGGAAAGUAAAGAAAAAUGGACUCUUACAGAUACUGAUGUUAUGCAAGAUGGAAAGCAGCUUAAAAGGUCUGAAAGUGAAGUACAUCCUAGAGUUGUGGAUGCAAUAGUAUGGAAAUUCUUUCGAGCGAUGGAAAUCAGAAAAAAUGAGAAGCUUUUUUACUAUGAUACCCCAUGUUCUGAAGAAACUGGAGUUUGGGUACCUAUGUCUGUCCCUCCUGUGUCUGAAAAUAAACAUGAAGAAUGGGAUAGAGGCCCAUGUUUGAAUGGAGGAUACUUUCCUGAUGAUGGUGUACGAUCAAAUCAGUUUAUUGGAGAAAGUAAGGAUCUGACCAUGUGGGAUGUGUUCAGUGAGAUGUUAAUAGCCGCUCGAGGCAAAGUGAGUUCUAUAGCUUCAGGUGAUGUUCAAAUAUAUGGGAUUACUUGGUUAUCCAGCCAUCUUCUUGAACAAACUUGGAAAGAGAUGGCUCAAACGCUUGCAGAAGCUAAUUUUGGAAACAAUUUAUUUUUAUUAUUUUUAAUUUUAACUAUUAUUUUUCAAUUAUUAUUCAAGUUUUAAUUUUAUUGUUAUGGAUUAGUUUUAUGCAUUUGUUUUUCAAUUUACUAAAUAAUGCAUUUGUUUAUUUUUGUAAUUCAAGUAAAGUUUGGAUAUUUUUUA